CGCGGUGACAGGUGGCACGCCGCCCCACGAUACUAUCACGCGAUCGCGAAACAACCCCCAUUGUUUAUUAUCACUUGUUGUGUCUUCGUCUACUGCCAACUUUCUUAACACCACACUUUAACAUAAGUUUAAUUAAUAAAAUGUGAACUUGAAAAGUGACGUGAAGUGAUAGCAAAUACCGGCUCGUUCGGUCAUGUCGUUAAGUACGAUUUAAGUGCAAAAAUUGUCUUAGUCACUGACGAUGUACAACUUGGACCCGCAUGGAUUGUAGUGUGAAACUUUGCUGAGUUUUGGUGUUCAAACCUAGCUGAUACGGGCGGCGGGAUGAUGGACUGCCUGUGCCCUGCGCCGCGCACACUUGCGUGUCGCGUCGUCCUGCUCGAUGAACGAGAACUCCUGCAUGAGAUACAGGACAAUAACACGGGACAAGCUCUGUUGGAUGUGGUCUUCAGACACUUGGAUCUCCUAGAGACGGCCUACUUCGGCCUUCGGUACGUGGACCAGGAUAACCAAACGCACUGGUUGGAUGUGGGGAAGAGGUUGAAGCGUCAGCUUCGAGGCUCUGACUCCUAUACUUUCUACUUCGGAGUCAAGUUCUACGCUGCAGACCCUUGCAAACUGCUGGAAGAAAUUACACGGUACCAAUUAUUCCUUCAGUUGAAGCAAGAUGUGUUGCGAGGCCGCCUGCCUGUCAACUUCGACCUUGCCGCCGAGCUCGCCGCGUAUGUACUGCAAUCGGAGCUGGGGGACUACGACCCGCGGCGGCACCAGCCGGGCUACGUGGCCGAGUUCCGGCUGCUGGCGCACCAGACGCCCGAGCUGGAGGCGCGGGCCGCCGACAUACACCGCACCCUCACAGGCAUUUCUCCGGCCCAAGCUGAAUUGAGUUACCUAGACAAAGUAAAGUGGCUUGAUAUGUACGGCGUAGAUUUGCAUCCCGUCUUGGGUGAAGACAGCGUGGAGUACUUCCUGGGGCUGGCGCCGAGCGGCCUGCUGCUGCUGCGCGGCAAGCACACAGUUGCCAACUACUACUGGCCGCGCGUCUCCAAACUUUAUUACAAAGGCCGCUACUUCAUGCUUCGCGUAGCAGACAAAAAUAAUGAAACUUCGACGUACGGUUUUGAGAGCCCGACGCGGGCGGCUUGCCGUCACUUAUGGCGUUGUUGCUCUGAUCACCACACGUUUUUCCGUUUGCAACAAACUUCCCCGGCGUCUGCGGAUAUCUUUGCUUUGGGAUCAAGACUGAGAAAUAGUAGUAGAGGUGCGAGGCCGAGGCCGCCUCCGACAUUUACAAGGACACCAUCGCGUCGCAACGGCCGGCCGCCGCACAUGUCACAGACUUCUUUACAUGAUGUGCCAAAAUUAGAAGACUUGAGAAUAAAAGACUGUCCUCCUGAAACCAAACAACCUACCUCGGUGCAUCGACCGAAUUCACUCAGCGGAGAGAUGCUAGGUUGCGAGGCGACGGCCCCGGGCGGGUCUCCGCGGUCGACGCGGUCUGCGCCCACUCGACGCGGCCUCUACUCGGCCUCGCCUACCGCCACCAGGCCGCCACCCGCGCCCAGGCAUCGAGACCGCUCGGCCUCCGUCGACUCGCAGAGUUCCAACGACUCACGGUCCAAUCGCAAGCAUAAGCACCGGUCGCGGCGGCAGCAGUCGGAUGCAGAAAGCGAGUUGUCGCGGGGGUCUGGGCGCUCCGGGCGCAAGCAUCGGCGACACCGCUCGCGACAUAAGCACGAGUCCGGAUCCGAGAGGGACGAUGGACAGCCUAAUACCAAAGAAUACGAGCUGAUUGAAUCGGAGUCACAAUGGAAAGAAGUUCUGAGGCAAACUAACGCUGGUAGCGGUGUACAAGUGGCAAAUGUGCGGCGCUCGCAAAUGGAGCCUGAGACAGGUACACAUCGGUCUUCGCAUAGACACCGAAGGCAUAGGAAGCAUCGCUCCAGAUCAGGUUCACCGAACGAGAAGAAAUGGCUCCCGACUGAAUUGAAGCAGCAUUUAGAGUUUUCGUUAGUGGACACAACGGGUAUGACAGAGGAGCAAUUGAAGGAAAUACCCUACACCGUGGUGCAGACCAGUCACGCUAGACAGACCAAGCUUCGCACUUCGUCGAAACAUAGACAGACUGAACACGGGUCGCUAGCAAGGCGAGACAGAAGUACGUCAUCACAUGGCAAAAGUCACGAUAACCCUCAUCAUGGAUCACUCAGAUCAAGUUCCAGUAAUAUCAGCACCCACAGAACCAAUACUAAUGAGAAACAUGGGAGGCGCGUUUACCCCAGCUAUGACGAGACCGCUAGGGUCGGGGACGGGGAUGACUUCUUGACCAACAACGGGUACAAGGGCGACGUGACCCCGGUCUCCAACAACAACAAUCCUUACAGCCCCGUCACCAACAGCAACAGUAACAGUUCGAGUGGAGAGCUCAUCGGCAGCGCUCGCGUCUCUCAUGAACACACCGACUCGGGACUCGGGGCUGAUCAGGAUUACGCGUAUUCCUCGGAAAGGUCGAGCGACAGCGCGAAAUGCGGCGCGGGCACCACGGCACCAGUGAGUAGGCAGUGGACGCUGGGCGGCGCGGGCGGGGCGGGGGGCGCGGGCGGUCUGCGGCCGGGGUCGGCGGCGUUGCUGCGGCGGCCACCCAGCGGGCCGGGCCGCGCGCGGCCCGCCGCCACCGGCUCGCAGCGCUCGCUGCUGUCCGUAGCCAGCGACAGCGCAACCUCGCGCCGCCCGCGCGACCCCGCGCCCAGACACUACCCUCACCCUGCGGACUCGGGCUUUUCUCUCUUCAGACAUGCUAGCAACAACAACAUAUUGGUCGGCGAGAGCGGGUCGCUGGCGCGGCGGUUCGCGCGGCCGACCCGCGAGGCGCGCGACUACAACGCCAACGUGGCGCGCACGCACUCGCGGCUCGCGCACGCGCACCACGCGCACCACGCGCGCCACGACAACACCCUCGACAUUAUUCUAAAACCUCUCAUAGAAAGCACGCAGCUGCAGAGCAACUAAGUCCUGGGCCCGAAGUGUCAGCACACGACGGCGCCGGGACCAGCCACAAGCCGCCUGGUACCGCCGAGAUGAGCACCGAACUAUGAACCAUCAUGUUUCCUGUAGAUAAUAUCAUUAUUUUUGUACAUACAUUAGUACCGUUUAAUAGCUAUUUUAUUAAUGCAUAUAUCAAAUACUCAUAAAUAAUUUCCGUCAUUUUGCAAGUUCAUAAAAUCAUUCGAAAAAAUCUUAUGAAUAAUACUUUUUAAGUCGAAAAUGACAAAAAUAUGUAAAACAUUUUGUAAUAAAUUAAUAUUGUAAACCAGUAGGUAAUAAACGACGUAAGAUAUAAGGCCUUAAAUUAAUGAAGUAAAGCCUAUUUCGCGUUUUACGGCAAUAAGUGACAGAACAAUGUUGUAAAUAUUUUUUUGUAAAUAUAUACUUAUUAUAAAUUUUCGACAUAGUGGUGCUGAUUCCGAUACACAAAAUCUAAGUUUAUUUUAGGUGAUAACUGGCAUUUUGUUAUCCGUCGAAAAGGAAAGGGAAGGAAGGACGGGAAUCGACAGGCACAAAAUUUAUGGAACACACGUCAAUUUUAGGCAGAAAUUAAAAAAAACCCUUCCAAAAUUUUAUAUUAUGUUGACAGCACAUGUCAAACGGAUUGCACGAGAUUCCUUUUUUAUUUGCCCGGAAUAUUAUUUCAUUUUAAAAUUAACAGUUGUCAAUCAUCCGUCCCUUUUCUUUUCGGCGAAUAAGAAAAUGUCGGGUAUAACUUAAAAUAAAAUUAGGAGGUGUCUGCAAGAAUCGGGCCAGUAUCUAAGGUAAGUACCUAAUAAACAGUAACAGAAAAGAUGGUACUCGUACUAAAAGUAUUUUUGCCAAAAUAAAAUCGCCCUGACAAUUGUAAUUACUCUCGUAAUAACGUCUCGUGAAUAUCUCAGUUCAAACACAUCCUAUUGUUUUUAAUACCCACAUUAUGUUGUUUCACGGAAUUCCCAUUUGGCUGCGCCACUUUAGGAUUUAGCUCAUUAUAAUUUUAUUCCAUGAUCAUACAACGGGUAUUAAUGUUAUUUUACCGUUUUUAUUGUAAUAAGUGAAGACAGUGUACAGUUGUUAUGUAGCUUAGCAUAACUUGGGCAUUUGUAAGUCGAGGUGCAAUAUUUGAGUGUUUGUUCGAAGUGUAAAUAAGACUUUGGUAGGAAAGUUCUCCGUUUUGAUCCAAAGUUACCGAUAUAUGAAUUACAAUGUAGGGAUACCUACACCAUGCUGAUAAAACACAGAAAAAAAAUAAUCAAGCGCAUAAGAUCCGUAUAUAUAAAGGUCCGUAUAAUAGAGUAACGCGCAUAAGAUCCGUAUAGAUAAAGGUCCUUAUAAUAGAGUAACGCGCAUAAAAUCAGUAUAGAACGGUCCGUUUAAAAGACUAACGCGCAUAAGACCCUUAUACAUAACGGUCCGUUUAAAAGAGUAACGCGCAUAAGAUCCGUAUACAUAACGGUCCGUAUAAUAGAGUAAUGCGCAUAAGAUCCGUAUAAAAAGGGUCCGUUUAAAAGAGUAACGCGCAUAAGCUCCGUAUAAUAGAGCAACCCGCAUAAGAUCCAUACACAUAACGAGCCUUGUCUAUGAAAAUCUUUCUUUGGUACUUAUUUAGAAACGCCUAAAAGGGGUCAUAUCAUCACUAUAUAUGAAUUGUUUAUUUCAAGUUCAAAUUAUUUCUCAUAUGCGUGUUACUCGUUAAAUAGACCUAAAACAUACUAGAGCAUCUUUGGUCGCAGUUAGUUUCAAAAUAAACAUUACGUUUUUUCGGCAUGCACAAUAUUUGUAUGUAUAUCCCUACACUAACUUAUAGAUGCGAUCUUUCUUAACGCUAUACGAAGUAAAAUUAUAGUAGGCAACUACUUUAUGUGUUUUCUUGACAUUAGACGGUCAAUUUGUACUGUGGCAAGACUGAUGGCGUUUCAUGUAGGUAUGUAUUUAAAUUAUAUACAACCACGGGACAUUUGUAACCGAUUACAAUUUCAUACGUAUUUUCUAAGAAUUGUUUUCGAUGUUCUAAUUAAACGGCGACAUUACUGA